AUUUAGGAAUUUGAACCAGAGGUUUGCUUGUGCCUGCAAUUAUCCAAGUACAGAUCAAGCUUGGGGGAGGAAAAUUCCGCGUCAACCAUCCACAACCCUUUUCUUAAAGUUCGCAUCUUUCGUUCACGCUCCCACAAAAUGUCACGCGCCACCGCCGCGUUCGGAGUCCUCCUCUGUCUGCUCCUCGCCGCCCACUGCUCCGCUCAAAACUGCAGCAGAACGUGCAUUGCGGAGCAGUGCGACACUAUCGGAAUCAGAUACGGUAAGUAUUGCGGGGUGGGGUAUUCUGGCUGUGCCGGCGAGAAGCCAUGCGAUGGUCUUGAUGCUUGUUGCAUGGCCCAUGACGACUGUGUUGGCAGAUACGGAAUGACUCAUGUGAAAUGCCACAAGAAAUUGAAGAACUGCCUGACCAGGGAACAUGAAUCUGGCAAGGCUGGGUUUUCGAAAGAUUGUCCAUACAGUACGGCUGCACCAACGAUGAUAAGAGGCAUGGAUUUGGCGAUCUUGCUGAGCCAAUUGGGUGAACCUGCUUCUGAUAACUGAGAAGAAAGUGGAACCCUUUUGGAUGCAGUUCUUCCUCCUUCCCCAUUAGCAGGAAAGUUGAUCUUAUGAUCUUCUUGUGCAUGGCUAAGCCUCUUUUAUUCAUUUUCCAUCUUCUUAUUUAAUAAUAAAUAAUACCACAAGAUAAUCCAGUAGUUUAUUUUGCAGAGUCAUAUGAUCAUAUUAGUGUAAUGUAAGAAAUUGCAAAUCCGUUUCUCACUUAAUUCAUCUAAAAUUCAUAGGAU